AUGUCUUCAUCUCCGACCCACUGGUGCUACGGCUGCAACCAGUUCGUGCGCAUUCUGAACAAAGACUGCGUCAAUUGCCCCGACUGUGACGGCGGAUUCGUUGAGGAGAUCGAGGAUCCCGACAGAUCUUCUCCCCUCUCCGACUCCAGACGCCGCCGUUUCCCCGCCGCCGACAUGUACAUGCCCCGAACCCCCGAAUCGGGCCCCGGGUCAGGAUCGGGAUCGGGAUCGGGAUCCGUCGCGGUCGCCAGCCCCAGGCUGAGAAGGGGCCGCAGGAACGGAGGAGAUCGGUCGCCGUUUAAUCCGGUUAUCGUUCUACGUGGCCCCGACGGCGGCGGCGGUGGAGGUGGGACACCCCAGGGGGGAAGGUUUGAAUUGUAUUACGACGACGGAUCCGGGUCUGGCCUGCGCCCCUUACCGGCAAGUAUGUCGGAGUUUUUGUUAGGGUCGGGGUUUGAUAGGUUGCUGGAUCAGCUGUCUCAGAUCGAAGCCAACGGGAUUGGGAGAGUCGAUAACAACCCGCCCGCGUCCAAGGCCGCCGUCGAGUCAAUGCCCACCGUCCAAAUAAUCGACGGACACAUAUCGGUUGAGUCUCACUGCGCCGUCUGCAAGGAGCCUUUCGAGCUGGGCACCGAUGCCCGCGAGAUGCCCUGCAAGCAUCUCUACCAUCAGGACUGUAUCCUGCCAUGGCUUGCUCUCACGAAUUCGUGUCCCGUGUGCAGACACGAACUGCCCACUGAUAUGGAUACCAUCAAUGCUAGCCGGGGCACGCUCGAGGCCAGCAGAGGAGGAUCGAAUGAGGUAGAGAAUGACGACGAGACGGUUGGGUUGACUAUAUGGAGGCUGCCGGGUGGUGGUUUUGCAGUGGGGAGAUUUUCCGGUGGGAGGAGGGGUGUGGAGAGGGAGCUUCCAGUCGUGUACACGGAAGUGGAUGGCGGUUUUCCGAACAAUGGGGUGCCAAGGAGGAUCUCGUGGGGCUCGAGUGGAAGUGUGUCCAGGGAGAGUGGCGGGCUGAGGAGGAUGUUGCAUAGUCUGUUUGCGUGUUUUGGGAGGGGUGGUGGAUCGUCGGCUUCUACCACGAGCUUGAAUUCAAGAACAAGCAGAAGGAGCGGGUCUUUUUUUGGUGGGUCUACAUUGAGAAGACAUGGAGGUUGGGAUUUUGAGGUGAAUGAUGGGAAUAAUGAUAGGGGAUGGUGA